AUGGCCUUCCAGUGCUGCACAUGCUCCAGUGAGCAGCGCGAGAGGCCAGAGAUCGUCAGGUCCUCCGGAGCCCAGGGGCCCCGUCAGAGCGUGACUUCCAACGGCUCCUCCCCGGGACGGACGUCGACGCACUUAGAUCCGAAGCCCGCCGGGCGCAACAUCGGCCUCGGGGCUGGCAGCGCCUUUGCCCGAACCGUGUCGCAGGAGUCAUCGAAUUCAGCGGAGCCGAGUGUUGCGCAGGAUGGCGGCACCGGAGGCACCGCGCAGCCGAGUGAGGCCAUGGAUUCGAACUUCGGCAGCUCCGGAUCCCUCGGGGAAGGCUCCGACAUCCCAAGCGCGAGCAGCAAGACCAGCAACCCGCAAGACGGUGUGAAUCAGCUGAUGCCUUUCAAGCGCCAGAAGACCCGCGACAACGGCACCUGGGGCCUGCAGCGCCGGAAAACGCAGGCAAUGGAGGACUACCUGAACCGGUCCCAGUCCUUGGAGGAGGUGCCCGCAGACAACGCCAAGGGCCCGAAACCGGUCACGCCGGACAACAUCGCGGUUCUAUGGGGUGGUGAUCCUGCUACCCAGUACUGGGAUUAUGCGAGUGCGGAGAUGAUGAUCGACAAAAGCAGUAGUGCUCUUACUGAGAAAGGAUCGGCCAAGAAGAUCCAACAAGCAUUCGGGAACAUCGGAGGUUUGGUUCUUGUGGGGAGGAGCCGGGAGACGGUCUCAGGAAUCUGCGUGUGCAGCGUGGCCCGGACUGGCAGCGGGGUCAAGAGGCUCCUGGCAAAGGUGGGCGUCAUCUUGUCUUUCGACACCACGAAGAUGACAGCACAAGUCCUGUGGGAAGGAUCUGGCAAGGCGCACUCCCACUACCAGCCGCUUGCACGGAUUCUCGAAGCUGCUCUCAGCCCUGAGCUUAGGUACGGAAAGUCAAAGGAGCUCGUGCUGUACGUGGGCAGCAACAGCACACUAGCCACAGCACCGCUGGGCAGGCGAAACUCGCAGGCCUUCUUCGCGGACAAGGCGCAAACACUGCUCAUCUUCGACUGGGACGACACCCUGUUCCCCACGACGUACGUCCGCGACGAUCUGGACUUGAGUUGGAACAAGCCCCUCAAGGACCAGUCCUUGACUUGGGCCGAAAAGGCAGAGGUAGGAAAGAAGCUGGAUCAGUGUGCGGCGCAUGUCGUGGAGCUCCUGAAGAGUGCCUGCAGCUUCGGGAAGGUUGUGCUGGUCACCCUGGCGCGAGCACCCUGGGUUUCCGAGUCAUGCAAGAACUUCUAUGUUUCCGUUGGGCGGUUGAUCAACCAGCUGAAGGUGCCAAUCGUUUAUGCGCAAGAAGGAAUACAGGUGGACUACAACAAGUCCCAGAUGACCUCUGACGAGGAGAUCGAAAGAUUCUGGAGCGCCGUGAAAGGUAAGGCGAUAGCCCGAGAAUGCAGGCAGUUCUACUCUCAAUACGAGGGCCAGAGCUGGAAGAACGUGAUUUCCAUCGGAGAUUCCGAUUUCGAGCGCCUGGGCACGCAGAGUGCCAUGGAGGAUUACAUGAAAGAGCGAGGCAUCGAACAAGAUGGCCAGCUCGUGGAUGUCGGUGGCCACAUGUACAAAGUCCGUACCAAAACGUUCAAGAUGGUCGACGAGCCCACGAUCGAGGAGUUGACGGUGGAGGUGGAGAUGCUGAAGGCAUGGCUCCCCCUCAUGGUGAAGCUGGACAGCAGCUUCGACGUCAACCUCAACAAUGCAGACGAUCCUGAAGUGCUUCAGUCCAUCGAGAAGACGCUGCGUGGUGAGACUGCCCACUGA